AUGCUUCUCCAAAGCGUCUUCGCUCUUGGUCUCGCCACCACCGCCCGUCUUGUCUCUGCAGGACCAUGCGACAUCUACAAAUCCGGCGGGACUCCCUGCAUCGCCGCUCAUAGCACCACGCGCGCUCUGUUCGACAGCUACAACAGCGCUCUCUACCAGAUCAAGCGUGCCUCAGACGGUGCCCUCACCGACAUCAAGCCUCUCUCCGCAGGCGGUGUCGCAGCUUCCUCUGCCCAAGAUACCUUCUGCAGCGGAACUACCUGUCUCAUCACCAUCAUCUAUGAUCAGUCUGGUCGCAGCAACCACUUGACUCAAGCUCCUCCUGGUGGCUUCAAGGGCCCUGAGGCAGAUGGCUAUGAUAACCUUGCCGCUGCUGAUGGUGCACCUGUUACUUUGAACGGCAAGAAGGCCUAUGGAGUGUUUGUUUCUCCGGGUACUGGCUACCGUAACAACCAUGUUAGUGGUUCUGCUACUGGUGAUGAGCCCGAGGGUCUGUAUGCUGUUCUCGACGGAACCCACUACAACGGCGCUUGCUGCUUCGAUUACGGCAAUGCAGAGACUAGCAGCACUGAUACUGGAAACGGUCACAUGGAAGCCAUUUACUUCGGUGACAGCACUGUCUGGGGCUCUGGUUCCGGCAGUGGACCCUGGAUCAUGGCUGAUCUUGAGAACGGUCUCUUCUCCGGAAAGAACCCCAAGCAGAACACUGCCGACCCUACCAUCAACCAUCGUUUCACCAGUGCCGUCGUUAAAGGCAAGCCCGGAACAUGGAGUAUUCGGGGCGGAGAUUCUACAUCAGGUGGACUGUCAACUUUCUACAACGGCGCGUAUCCUGACGGCGGAUACAACCCCAUGAAGAAAGAAGGAGCUAUAAUCCUCGGAAUUGGCGGUGAUAACAGCAAUGGAGCUCAAGGCACCUUUUAUGAAGGAGUUAUGACCAGUGGAUAUCCUUCUGAUGCGACUGAGAAUGCCGUGCAGGCCAACAUCGUCGCGGCCAAGUACGCGACAACCUCAUUGACAAGCGGGUCCGCCCUCACCGUCGGAUCAUCCAUCUCCCUCAAAGUCACUACCGCCGGCUACACAGACCGCUACCUCGCACACAGCGACUCAACUGUCAACACCCAAGUCGUCUCCAGCUCCAGCGCCACCGCCCUCAAGCAGUCAGCAAGCUGGACCGUCCGCACCGGCCUCGCCAACAGCGGCUGUGUAUCAUUCGAGUCAAACGAUACUCCUGGUAGCUACAUCCGACACUCUGGAUUUACUCUGUAUGUCAACAAGGGUGAUGGAAGCAAGUCGUUCAACGAGGAUGCUACGUUUUGCCCUCAGAAGGGUUUGAGUGGAUCGGGAAGCUCUAUUCGAUCGUGGAACUAUCCUACAAGGUAUAUUCGACAUUAUAACAACCUUGGAUAUGCUUCUUCGAAUGGUGGUGUUCAUGACUGGGAUGCUGCCAAGAGCUUUGUUGAUGAUGUUACCUUUGUUGUUGCCAAUGGUUUUGCCUAAGCGGGACCGCUUUGCUUGCGGAGGUUUAAGAUAGUCU